AUGAAGCUGCCUAUCAAGUCUCCCUUGCAUCCGGCACUGCUUGGGAGGCAAACCAUCAGGGGUGGGGAAGCAAUCACCAUACCUAUGGCGCUUCCUAUCCUUCCCACGGCACCACCGCAGAGCUCAGCUCCGUCCGCAUCAACCUUGGAUCACGAUGCACAGAAACUUGGGCCCCUGAUCAAUUCAGUGUACAAGUCGCCGGACAUAACGUUUUACUUGAAUGGACGGCGCACAGUUCUGACCAAUCCAAACCCACAAUGGACACUGCUCGACUAUCUGCGGUCUCGACCGGGGCUAAAAGGCACCAAGCUGGGCUGUGGCGAGGGAGGAUGUGGUGCCUGCACUGUGGUGAUGCAAGUCGGCCAACAGUCUCCCAGAAGACGGAUCAAUCACAUUUCCGUCAAUGCGUGUCUUUUUCCGCUAUUGGGAUGCGAAGGAAAGCAUAUCAUUACAGUCGAGGGCAUUGGCUCCAUCGCGAGCCCGCAUCCGCUGCAAGAGAGGAUGGCCAAGAUGCAUGGAAGCCAGUGCGGUUUCUGCACUCCAGGAAUCGUCAUGAGUCUGUAUGCCUUGGUUAGAAAUGCCUGGGAUCCAGAAGAAGGUGUGUUCAGGCUGAGUGAGAGGGAUGUAGAGCUGCAGGGGGCACUGGACGGAAACCUAUGCCGAUGCACAGGCUACAAGACAAUAUUGGAGGCGGCGAAAACAUUUGUCACCGAAGAUCUCAAAGGAAAGGUUGUCGGAUCAACAGGAGAGGAUCUUAAAGGCGACAUUGAGGAGGAUAUGAGCGCACUGGCCGUCAGCCAAAGCCCUUCAUCAUUACCCUCCUGUGGCCGGCCAGGUGGAUGCUGCAGAGACAACCAAGGGGCUUCGUGCGGCAGCAGCGCUACCAAAGACCGGUCUUCAUCGUCGGAAAGCCUCGAAAAGAUCAACAGCGGCUCCUCAGAGAAUGGCUCAACUGAUGAAAGCGCACCUUCUCUCAGCACCUCUGUUUCGAGCCAAGAAAACGUCAAACCUAACCCGGUUCUAGAGCUCGGCGGCACGGUAAUCACACAGAAAGACCAUUACGACUUCCAGCCAUAUGAGCCUGACACAGACCUCAUUUUCCCACCCUCACUGUGGAAACACGAGCCAAAGCCCAUCUGCUAUGGGGAUAGCACAAUGCUUUGGUUUAGACCGACGAACCUUGCUCAACUCUUGGAAAUAAAGUCGAUCUACCCACCAGCAAAAGUAGUCAGCGGAGCGAGCGAAGUCGCAAUCGAGCAAAGAUUCAAAAGCGCCGAAUUCCCAGUCAUGGUGUAUGUUGGGGACAUAGAUGAGCUCAGGAGCUCAACUCUGGUUCUUGCCGAUGCGCCGGACACAAACUGGCAAAGCCUGAACGAGGUGGUGUUCCCUGCCAACGUUUCUUUGACAAAUAUCGAACGGCUAUGCAAAGAGGCACAGGCAAAAAUGGGAAAGCGAGCACAAGUGUUGGAAGCAUUGCGCAAACAACUGCGGUAUUUUGGGGGCAGACAAAUCCGGAACGUUGCGACGCUGGCAGGGAAUAUCGCCACUGCCAGUCCCAUCUCAGAUGCACUUCCGGUUCUGAUGGCUUCCGGGGCCAGUGUAACGAUCGAAAGACUGGAUAAGGAUUCUGGAGACGUGAUCGCGAAGGAGGUGCCACUAUCGGAGUUUGUGAAGGGGUAUCGACGGACAACCUUGACGCAGGAGAUUCAGGACGGGGUCCUUACUACGGUUCGGAUGCCCUUGUCGCCGACAAGCAGCAAUGAGACUAUAAAAGCCUACAAGCAAGCCAAGCGCAAGGAAGAUGAUAUCGCGAUCGUCACCGCAUGCUUCAGGGUGCGCCUGGACAAUGCCGGACUGGUGGAGGACGCAGUCUUCGCAUACGGAGGAAUGGCACCAACGACAAGACUGUCUCCAGAAACCCAGAUUCUGCUGAAAGGACUGCCCUGGACCGACCACUCAACGCUUGAAAGAGCUAUAGAGUCGCUCCAAAAAGAGCUUUGGCUACCAUUCGACGUCCCCGGAGGAAUGGCUCAAUACCGGACAACCCUAGCCUGUUCGCUUUUCAUGCGAUUCUGGCACGAGUCUUUGUCAGAUCUUGGCCUAGACAUGCCGCACCUCCCUGCCAACACUAGCACGAAAAACGCAUCAACAAUGGGCAAACCCGUCCCACAUCUGUCAUCCCUGGCCCAAACGACGGGACAAGCCGAGUACGUCGAUGAUAUUCCGGCUCAGUCCGAGGAGCUGUUUGUCGGGCUGGUCCUCUCAACUCGUUCCCAUGCUCGCAUCAUUUCUGUCGACUGGUCCGCUGCAUUAGAACUGCCUGGCGUGGUGGGCUAUCUGGACCAUAAAGCUCUCUCAUCGCCGGACCUUAACUUGUGGGGCAGCUUGAAGCACGACGAGCCUUUCUUUGCCACAGAAACCGUAGACAGCCAUGGUCAGGUCAUCGGUGUGAUUCUCGCAGAAACGCAACUGGGAGCAAGAAUAGCUGCAAAGAAGGUGAAGAUCGAGUACAAAGACCUGCCUGCGGUGAUCACUAUCGACCAGGCGAUCCAGGCCGGAAGCUUCUUUACGUACGGGAAGGAAUUGCGUAAGGGCGAGUCGGCCUUAAAGCAAGAUCUGAGCGGGCCGUUCGAGGCGUGUGAUUGUAUAUUUGAGGGCACGACGAGGUUAGGGGGACAGGAGCAGUUCUAUCUGGAAACAAACGCUGCGCUCGCCAUCCCAAAGAGCGAGGACGGACAGAUGGAAGUAUGGUCAAGUACCCAAAAUACCAUGGAAACGCAAACAUUUGUCUCCCAGAUCCUCACCGUCCCAAACCACAAGAUCAAUGUGCGGGUCAAGCGCCUGGGCGGCGGCUUUGGCGGCAAAGAAUCGCGCAGUGUACCUAUCGCAUGCUACUGCGCCCUCGGUGCAGCAAAGUACAACCGCCCGGUGCGCAUCAUGCUUACUCGCGAGGAAGAUAUGGCGACAUCGGGCCAGCGUCACCCGUUCAAGGCCAAGUGGCGGGUUGGCGUUACCAACGAAGGGAAGUUGAUGGUGCUUGAGGCUGACUUGUACAACAACGCCGGGUACACCGUUGACAUGUCCACUGCUGUCAUGGAUCGAGCUCUGACACACGUUGACAACUGCUAUGAGAUUCCGGACGUCUGGGUGCGUGGACAUGUCUGCAAGACAAACACUCACAGUAACACUGCAUUCCGGGGUUUUGGUGGGCCGCAGGGUAUGUACAUCACCGAGAGCAUAAUAUCUGCGGUGGCUGAAGGACUCGAUAUCCCUGUGGACGAGAUUCGUCGCAAGAAUCUCUAUGUUGAAGGGCAGAGGACGCCAUUCCUCCAACACAUCAACGAGGACUGGCACGUGCCAACUAUGCUUGAACAAGUCCGCCGCAACACGCGAUUUGACGACCGGAAGAAAGCUAUCGAAGCAUACAAUGCCGAUCCCAAGAACCGUUGGAGGAAGAAGGGGAUCGCAAUGAUUCCUACCAAAUUUGGUCUCUCCUUUGCCACGGCGUUGCAUUUGAAUCAAGCCUCAGCAUAUGUGCAGAUCUACACGGACGGGACUGUGCUUCUCUCUCAUGGAGGAACGGAGAUGGGGCAAGGACUGUACACCAAGAUGUGUCAGGUCGCGGCGGCAGAGCUCGGAGUGCCGCUCAGGGACGUGUACACAAGUGACAGCUCGACAUACUCUAUCGCCAACGCAUCACCGACAGCAGCAAGCUCUGGAAGCGACCUGAAUGGCAUGGCUGUUAAGGCGGCCUGUGAAAAGUUGAGGGAGAGGCUAAAGCCCUACCGCCAGGAGCUGGGAGAGCAAGCUUCCAUGAAGGAGCUGGCAAUGGCCGCAUAUCGUGACCGUGUGAGCCUGAUUGCAAGCGGCUUCUGGAAAAUGCCCAGAAUUGGAUAUAUCUGGAACGACUUCGAGAAUCUGAAUCCGAAGCCCAUGUACUACUACUGGACACAGGGCGUAGCAGUGACUGAAGUCGAGCUAGACGUCCUGACCGGUGACCACCAUGUCUUGAGGACAGACAUCAUGAUGGACGUUGGAAACUCGAUCAAUCCCGCCCUCGACUACGGCCAGAUCGAAGGGGCAUUCAUUCAGGGCCAAGGCCUCUUCACGCUCGAAGAAUCCCUCUGGAACUCGAAGACCGGCUGCUUGUCGACGACUGGCCCAGGGACGUACAAGAUCCCGGGAUUCGGUGACAUCCCUCGUGAGUUCAACGUCAGCAUGCUAAAGCAGGACACCGAAGGCAACCCAAUCAGCUGGAAGCACCUGCGUUCGAUCGCAAGCAGCAAGGGAGUCGGCGAGCCACCUUUGUUCCUGGGCUCGACGGUGUUCUUCGCACUGAGAGAGGCUGUCAGGGCCGCAAGGAAGCAGAAUGGACUUGGCGACAGUGGUUUAGUGCUGGACAGCCCGGCGACUGCAGAGGCACUGAGAUGUGCCGUAGGGGACCAGCUGAGUAGAAAAUGCGUUGUUGAGCAGGUGGAGGAACAAAGCGCUCAACGCGAACGACCCGCCAAGAUGGACCACAAAGCUGCUUCGCCGGAGGAACCACUGCCAGAAAAGGUCGAGCUGGAGACGGGGAAGCUGGGCAAGGCCUCCCAAGAUACUACACGUAUUGCACAUCUUGAGCAUUUUGAAAAUGAAGAUGCAUCGCAGCACAAAGCCCGGACGACGAAGCUCCUGCGAAAGAUCGACCUGCAUCUCCUCCCAUUCCUCAUCGUGAUGUACCUUCUCAAUUUUCUGGACCGAUCGAAUCUUGCGCAGGCCCGGCAGGGCUCGCUAGAGAAGGAUCUGGGCAUGAAAGGGACGGAUUUCAAUCUCGCGACGUCGAUCUUCUUUGUUGGAUACUUGUUGAUGCAGCUGCCGUCGAACAUGCUGAUCACGCGAGUACAGCCGAGGGUGUACUUGAGCACUGCAAUGGUGCUGUGGGGUGUAGUCAGCACCUGCAAUGCUGCAACGCACUCGUUCGGGGCGCUGGUCGCGGUCAGGUUCUUCCUAGGGUUCGUCGAGGCACCAUUCUUCCCCGGUGCCAUCUUUCUGAUGAGCUCUUGGUACACCCGAGCUGAGCUGGUCAAGCGGAUCGCAUGGUUCUAUUCUGGCAACGCUCUGGCUAACAUGUUUGGUGGCCUGUUGGGGGCUGCUAUCCUGGGCAAUCUGGACGGGGACUUGGGACUCUCCAGCUGGAGAUGGCUGUUCAUAAUUGAAGGGACAAUCACGAUCGGCAUCGCCAUCAUCUCCGGCUUCUUUCUGCCCAACUACCCAGCCACAACACCCUGGCUGAACGAUGAGGAGAAACACUUCGCAGCAUGGCGCCUCCUUGCCGAUAUUAACGAAGAAGAUGAGCGGCAUGCCACAUCCACGACGGCUGGGCUCAAGCUGGCCCUCGCAGACUACAGGCUGUAUCUCUUUGUGCUUCUGCAGCACGUCAGCCUGCUCAGCCAGACAUUCCAAUACUUCUUCCCUUCCAUCGUCGGAACGUUGGGGUAUGGAAGCAUUGACACAAUUUGGCUGACGGCUCCCGUCUGGUUCGCGACGUUUCUCGUUUCCAUCUUCGUGACCUGGACAUCAUCCAGAACCAAAGACCGAUCGAUCCACAUUGUCUGCCUUAUGCUGGUCGCAGCAGUCGGGAACGCCAUCGCGACAGGCACAACAAACAUCGGUGCUCGCUUCUUCGCCAUGUUCCUUAUGCCGAUGGGUGCAGUCUCCGCUUAUCAGAUUAUAGUGUCCUGGGUAGCCAACUCAUUCCCGCGGCCCCUGGUCAAACGCUCCAUCUCGAUCGCGAUCGCAAAUAUGAUCGGCAACACGGCGAGCAUAUACGGCUCGUAUAUGUACCCGGCCACAGCGGCGCCGCGAUAUAUACCCGGAGGAACAGCGAAUACUGUCAUAUGUCUCAUGGUCGCGCUUCUGGCGUUGCUCCUGCGUUUUGUGCAUCUGAGGGAGAACAGGGAGCUGGAGAAAUUGGAAGAGCGGGAGCUUGCAGAUGGUGACCAGGGUGGAAACGGGGGCGGUGGGGGCAGGAGGGCGGUUGGCUUCAGAUAUGUUUAUUGA